UUCAAAAUCUCAUUUCUUCAUACAGAUCUCAGUAGCUUUUUAAAAACAAAAAUGGCGGAUUCCUUAGAUAUCUCCGGCGACGGUGCCGCAAAACAAAAAGCCGGCGACUCUUUAGCUGGCCGCCAAGAAGGAUUCAUGACGACAGCCGUUCUAAAGAAGGAUUCAGGUAGAGCCGCGGCGACGGUGAAAGCGGAGAUGAAAGAGGUGAAGGAGGAGAACGCAAGGUUGAAGACUCUCCUUGCGAAGAUAGAGAAGGAUUACAGCUCUCUCCAGAUGCGAUUCUUCGAUGUUUUCUCUCAUCAACCACCAGAAAUCGAGAAGAAAAGCUGCAAAAUUAGUAGUCCUUUGAGCUCUCAUCAUCACGAUGAAGAAACACAGAUAUCUCUUCGAUUAGGACGAAGCCCUAGUCCUGAUCGUCGUCAGUCGAGAGUGAGUGACGAUAUUAACGCCGCCGCGGCCGCCAAGAGCACCGAUGAAGAUGAUGAUGAACACAAUCAAACUCUGAAACUUGGGCUUGACUAUGGCGGCGAUAAUAAGUCAACUGAGCCUAACUUGGAGCUCAGUUCGGGCCGUCAAAGCCCGGACAACAGUGCGUCGGAGACCAAAGAAGAAGACGCAGCGGCUGCCGGAGAAACAUGGCCCCCCAGUAAAGCUCUUAAGGCCACGAGAAGUGGAGACGAUGAACUGUCGCAGCCCAGCGUGAAGAGAGCUAGGGUUUCUGUUAGGGCUCGAUGUGACACCCCAACGAUGAAUGAUGGAUGCCAAUGGAGAAAGUAUGGUCAAAAAGUAGCGAAAGGGAAUCCAUGCCCGCGUGCUUACUACCGUUGCACGGUGGCGCCGUCAUGCCCGGUGAGAAAACAGGUGCAACGAUGCGCCGACGACAUGUCAGUCCUGAUCACGACUUACGAAGGAACGCACAAUCAUCCCCUCCCGGUUGCAGCCACCGCGAUGGCCUCCACCACCUCGGCCGCCGCCUCCAUGCUCCUUUCCGGCUCCACCACUUCUCAAACCGCCGGACUCAGGUCGCCGCCGUCCCCGGCUACCAACUUCUUCCCCGGCCUGAACUUCAGUCUCCCUGCAGACACUUCAAGAACAACCAGACCUCUCUAUUUCCCUAAUUCCUCUUCCCCACCUUUCCCAACCAUCACCCUUGACCUCACCACCUCAUCCAACAAUGUUUCCAGCAUGUUUUCCUCUAAUGUCAUGAAAUCAACCCACAGAUUCCCUUCAACAAACCUGAACUUUUCUUCCUCAGAAUCCAACAUUUCACCUGCAAUCUGGAGCACCGGAGGAUACACAAAUUAUAGUACCAUCUACAACAGGAACAACAACAACAUCCUAGGCACAUCACAACCAGGAAAGACAUCCCAAGAACAACAAUUUUACGGCCAGGCAGCAGCGGCUGCUUCCCAGCAGGCACUGACAGAAACCUUAACCAAAGCAAUCACAUCAGAUCCUAGUCUCCGGUCAGUAAUAGCCGCUGCAAUUACAUCAAUGGUUGGUAACAAUGCACCAAUGCAACACAAACGAGUGAAGGUAAACGAUGAAGUUAUGGGCACGCAUCAAGCUAUUAGUUAAGACAGCAAUUACCUGAGCCCAGAGAACUGGAAACUUGAAGCUGCAACUAAUCAAUCCCACCAGCCUUUCCAAUGUCAAGUGCUGAAAGUAGAGAUAAAGCUAGUCAACAACAGUCUUUGGUGUUGGAAAUGGCUGCUGAUUAGCCAUUAGAUUUCUCGACAGAGUUGUGGAGAGACAAAAUCUUGAUACCUGUGUAACUUGUUUAUUAUCAAUAAUAUGUAGCAUAACUCUCACAUGGUUCCAUGAAUAUUCAUAAUAAUAACAGCAACAAUUGUAUGCUA